AUGCCGUGGUCUAGAUAUGGCAGGGAACACGGGAUAUUUUUAAUAAACUUGGAGAAACCUUCUGGUGAGGAAGGGCCAAAUGUCUGUCCGGUGUUUGAGUUGGCACUGGUAGGACACCAGCAGCCAUGCGUUCAAGCCUUUAGUCGGAUGGUCAAGAUGUGGAAACAAGGUUGCCCAGGGAAGAGGUGGUGUAUGGGCUAUGAGAGAAGGUCUGGGUACUACACAAUUUACAAGCAGGUGUACAGAAUGGAGCGCCAGACUGUCUAUAAGUGCUGCCCUGGAUGGGUCCAACGUGACGAUGAACCUGGCUGUUUGCAUUCGCUGUGCACUGUUGGCACUUGCUUCAAUGGAGGGAAAUGUUCUGAAGCAGGAUCCCAGAUGUGCCAGUGUCCCGCGGGAUUUCAGGGUCCUCGCUGCCAGUAUGAUGUAAAUGAGUGCACCACUGAGAACGGUGGCUGUCACGACCAGUGCUGUAAUACCAUCGGCAGCUACCACUGCAAAUGUCCAGCUGGCCAGAAACUGGAGGAGGAUGGAAAAUCAUGUGGAGACGUGGACGAGUGUGCGGUGGUGAACGGUGGCUGCCAGCAAGGCUGCGUCAACACACACGGCUCCUUCCACUGCCAGUGCCGGGCCGGACACAGGCUCCAUGCUGAUGGGCGCACUUGCAUAGCUGUCAAUCCCUGCAGCGUUACCAAGGGGGGCUGCGAGCAGGAGUGCGUUCAGCUUGGGGAAGACCACUACAAGUGCCGAUGCCAGCCGGGCUACCAGCUGGAGAGGGAUGCCAAAUCCUGUGAAGUGAUAGACCCCUGCACAAGUGGGAAUGGAGGAUGCUCACAAAUCUGUCAAAAUGAGCGAGGAAUUGCAAAAUGCGAGUGCCAUCCGGGGCAUUAUCUUUCUGCAGACAAAAAGUCCUGUUUAGACAUUGAUGAGUGUGCAGAAGGGAGAGCCAGGUGUGCUCAUCGUUGUGUGAACACUCCGGGAUCCUUCACCUGCGUCUGUAAUCCCGGCUUCGAGCUGGGGGCUGAUGGAAAGCAGUGCUACCGCAUCGAAAUGGAAAUUGUCGAUAGCUGCCAGGACAACAACGGUGGCUGCUCUCAUCACUGCGAGCACACAACUGCGGGGCCGCGCUGCUCCUGCGACGACGGCUAUCGCCUCGAUUUUGAUGGCAAAACGUGCGCAGAGCUGGACGAGUGCGAGACCGGAGAGUCCUGCUGCUCCCAGUUCUGCGUCAACUAUGCAGGUGGCUACGAGUGUGCCUGCAAAGCGGGGUUCCAGCUGAGCGCCGACGGCUGUGCCUGCGACGACGUGGAUGAAUGUCGCCUUGAUAACGGCAACUGCGACCAUUUCUGUGUUAAUUCUCUGGGGUCGUACGAAUGUGCAUGUAAGGAGGGUUACAGGCUUGGUGUUAACAGAUGGUCCUGCGUUGGUGGGGAGGAGGAUGAUGCAGAAGAGGCGUUUGCUGGAGCUCCAGGGCUGCAGUUCAGAGGUCCCCCCCAGCUCCUUCGCUACACGCUUGGCUCCCUCUACGAGGAUGAAGACCUGCGAGGAGAGCUCACCCUGGUGCACAGGGUCGUUUGCCUUGGUAACACUUUUGGCUCUGACUGUAGCUUGAGGUGUGAGGAUUGUCUGAACGGCGGCGGGUGUAACAGCGAGCGCAGCGGCUGUGUUUGCUCACCCGGCUGGACCGGCGUUAUCUGUAAUGAGACUUGCUCCCCCGGGACGUACGGCAGAGGCUGUGCCAGCGUUUGCAAGUGCCAGAACGGAGGCUCCUGCCACCCGGUGACGGGGCAGUGCCGCUGCCCGCCCGGCGGCCACGGCAAGCUCUGCGAGGGAGGGGAGGGUUGCCCGAAAGGCCUCUUUGGGAAGAAUUGCAACAAACCGUGCAACUGUGCCAACAGUGGCUAUUGCCACAGACUCUAUGGAGCCUGCCUGUGUGACCCCGGGCUCUACGGGCGCUUCUGCCAUCUUACCUGUCCCAGGUGGGCCUUCGGAGCCGGCUGCUCGGAGGAGUGUCAGUGCGUGAAAGAGCACACGCUGGAAUGCAGCGCGAGGAACGGGACUUGCACCUGCAAGCCUGGUUAUCACGGCAAGAAGUGUCAGAAAGAGUGCACGCCUGGUUUUUAUGGGGCUGGUUGCACACUGAGGUGCGACUGUCCUGCUGAUGUUUUGUGUGACCAUGAGACGGGAGUCUGCAAGCAUCCAUGUCCACCUGGGUUUCAUGGAGAAAAAUGCCAUUUAUCUUGUCAGCCUGGGAGCUUCGGGGUGGACUGCCAGCAGCGGUGCAGCUGUGGAGAAGCACCGUGUGAUGUGAAGACAGGGCGGUGUAUUUGUCCAGCUGGGAAGACUGGCCCUACAUGUGAGCAAGAUUGCCCGGCUGGCCGGUGGGGACCAGACUGCCAGUUCUCCUGUGAGCCCUGUGCCAAUGGGGGACAGUGCAACAGAGAAACUGGAACCUGCGACUGUCCCCCUGGCUACACCGGGGUGUCCUGCUCUGCGUCCUGCCCCAGUGGUUACUAUGGACAAAAUUGCCUGCUGUUGUGCAGCUGUAGCAGCGGUGCUCAGUGUCACCACGUCACCGGAGAGUGCGCGUGUCCCCCCGGCUGGACUGGCCACAACUGCAAACACCCCUGCGGUAGUGGCCGUUGGGGACAGCGCUGUGAAAACACCUGUGUCUGCAAUAACAGCGACGGCAGCUGCGAUCCGGUCACCGGCUCUUGCUUCUGUGAGCCGGGAUUCACUGGGAAACACUGCGAAUGGAGAUGCCCCGAGGGAAGCUUUGGCCCGAGCUGUGAGCACAGCUGCCAGUGCCAGAACGGAGCUGCCUGCGACCACGUGAGUGGAGCCUGUACUUGCGCGGCGGGCUGGACAGGAACGUUUUGUGAAAGAGCUUGUCCAGAUGGAUUCUUUGGGCUUGACUGCCACCAGGUGUGCAAGUGCAAGAAUGCUGCCGGCUGCGACCACGUCCUGGGAACGUGCCGCUGCCUCCCCGGCUGGCUGGGAGCGACCUGCGAGCAACCCUGCCAGGGGGACAGCUACGGGCCAGGCUGCAGCCACGCUUGUCACUGUCACAACGGCGCGCUCUGUCAUCACGUAACUGGGAGGUGCCUUUGUAGCCCGGGGUGGAAAGGAGCCACCUGCCAAGAAGCCUGUCCUCCUGGAUGGUACGGUGCGAACUGCCUGCAGCGCUGCAUCUGCCACAAUCGGGCCAUGUGUGACCCCGUGACGGGCGAGUGCCGGUGUCCCCAGGGUUGGACGGGGAUAGCCUGUGAGCUGGCGUGUGGGGACGGGAGGUAUGGAGAGGGCUGUGAGCAGAACUGCAGCUGCCACCAUGGCGUUUGUGACCAGCACUCGGGGAAAUGCAUCUGCCACGCCGGCUGGACUGGGGACCACUGCGAUGUUGCCUGCUCCCCAGGAUUAUUUUGCAAGCGGUGCGAGGAGCGGUGUGACUGCGUACACGGCUUGUCCUGCCACCAUCAAACUGGAGCCUGUCACUGUGAAAAGGGAUGGCGAGGGAGGCACUGUGACAAGCCUUGCUUGCCCGGCCGCUACGGCGCGGGCUGUGCCCAGCGGUGCUGGUGUCCUGCCUGUGCCCCCUGCCAUCACCUGACAGGCGAGUGCGGCUGUCCUCCGGGAUUCACCGGCUACAGCUGUGAGAAAACUUGUCCACCGGGCACGUAUGGUAAGAACUGUAACCGAGUAUGUCAGUGCUCUGCCGAGAAUGAGGAAUGUCACCCGGUGACUGGCGACUGUGCGUGCCGCCCGGGCUACCACGGGACCCACUGCAACCUCCGAUGUCCAAAAGGUACUUAUGGUUCAAACUGCCAAAACCCCUGUAAAUGCAUGAAUGGAGGCCAUUGCGACCCUGCGUCGGGAACUUGUGAUUGCGCGCCUGGUUUCAUUGGAGCCGACUGUAGUAAAACUUGCCCUGAAAACCGAUAUGGGAAGGACUGCACCCUGUUCUGUGCAUGUGGUAGAGGUCAGUGUGACCCACAGACUGGCAAGUGUACCUGUCCUCCUGGCCAAAUGGGACCCAGCUGCCAGCAAGUGUGUCCUCAGGGACAAUAUGGGCCCAACUGCCACCUGACAUGUACCUGUCAGAACGGUGGUAUCUGUGACCAUGUGGAUGGCAACUGCACUUGCGGGCUCGGCUGGACAGGAAGAUCGUGUGAGAAAGAAUGUCCCCCAGGGAAGUACGGGUCUGGCUGCGGCUUGGACUGCUCGUGCCAGCACAACGGCACCUGCGACCGGUUCACGGGCUGCUGCCGAUGCCCCGAGGGUUACUACGGCCGCUCCUGCGAGCACAAGUGUCCCCUUGGAUUUUAUGGGCUAAGCUGUCUUCAUGCAUGUGCCUGUAAAAACGGAGCGAGCUGCGAUGCAGUGACAGGACAGUGCAUUUGUCCUUUGGGUUAUCAAGGAGUCUUCUGUGAGAAAGGCUGCGACGGGGGCUGGUUUGGAGAGAGGUGCCGGCACCGGUGCGACUGCGGAGGAGCUCCAUGUGAUCCAGAGACUGGGAAGUGCCUUUGCCCACCUGGGAAGACCGGAGACAAAUGUGACAUUGAUUGCAGGUCAGACCAGUACGGCCCCGACUGCUCCCUGCGAUGCCAGUGUGCCAGCAAAUCCCAGUGCAAUCCAUACAACGGGAACUGCGUAUGCCCAGCCACGUGGAUGGGGCCAACCUGCAAAGAAGGUGGCCCUCCAAAGCUUCCUUUUUAUGAAGAACAAACCCAAGAAAGAGGGAGUAUUUUUCCAAGAGCUGUACAACAGUAA